CACGAUACUUUAUUGGCACCCCUCCCCCUCCAGAAACACAUAUAGUUUGUCUUGGAGACCAUUUGGGCCCGGUGCAUGAUACACCCCCUCACUACACCCCUGCUAGUAUAUCUCAAAGGAUGCGACAGGGCUGUUGUAGAUUUUAAAUGUUUUUCACCAUAGUUGUAAAAAUCUAAAUAUGUUAAACUUAAUAGUCAUUUGUUUUCUGACUAAUUCGUUUUAGGACCAAGUGUCCUCAGAAAUUUCCAAAAAAGUCCUUUUAUAGAAAUUGUUCAAUAAUGAUACUUGUGGUUUGUAACAACAGAUUUACGGUUAUAUUGGUAAUACAGUAAACUGUAAUAAUGUACAGUAUCUAUGAGAAUAAACAAAUGUUUAAACAAUAAUAAUGUAUUGUUCUGGGAAGUCUCACAGAUGAGAAAUGUUAGCUACUGUUUCUAAAAUUUUGCUACAACUUUUUUAGUAAAAUUAGCUAAAAUGCUACAGAAAAUUUUUUCCCGGCUUAAACCCCAGAUUUAUGAAUGUGGAGUUUAAAAAGAUGAAGAAUGUAGUAGAACAGAAUAAGAAAGAGGGUAUGACAGAGGGACCUUUUACAUUAUGUGGACUUGUGGGGCCCAAGGUUUUGCAAAACUUUAGAGACAACAAUAAUAAAAAGACUGUAUUUAAUAGUAACUCCCACUCUACAGUUGCCUUAGAAGUGAGAAAGAAAAGCAAAACCUGAUAAACAAAUCAGGAGAAGGGGAAAGGAAAUUGGGAAGACAAAUAUUAUACAAUGGAGUGACAGGAGAACUCUAGACAUAAAGAUGAAGGAACAUUUGGAUUAUUGAAUGAAAGGUAGGCUGAUGAUUGUUUUACUCGAGAUGACAUUCAUUAUGAGUAAAGAGGUUAAGUGGAAAAGUACAAGUUUGUUGGAAGAAAUAAGGGAAGAAGAAACUAUAUGAACAGCUGAAGAGGUUUGGGUUUAGAAUUUGGGAAAAUCAGAGAUAAUUGACAUUGGGGAGGCACUACCAGUGGCAUGGAAAUGGAUAAUGAAAUAGAAUGCAGGAGAAGGAAAGAAAGUUUGAUCAUAAAAUAAGAAACUUUUCAUAAGAUAUUAUGUCAGAAGAAACAAGACCACCACCAGCAACUUCUACUCCAGUUAUAGAAUAUGACAUACAUUCACCACCAUCACAAAGUGUUAACAGAUUGUCACAACAAGAAUGCGAUAUUAGUUCUAAUAACAAUGGUGAGGUUGUUGGAGGAGAUUAUUGUUUUCCUACUGGUAGCACUCAGAAUGAAGUUCAGAAUUGUUCCACCAAUCAUCUGAAUCAUACAAUGUUUUCUGAUAAAGAAGUAGAAAAAAUAGAGAUACCCAUACCACCAGAAUCUAUUAGUAGUCUGUUAGAAGGACAUCAUGAUCAAUCGUCUCCUACUGGGGCAACAUUUCAAUGUAGAUAUCGUCAAUGUGAUUUCAGAACAACAAAUAGUUCAAAAUUUAUCGAACAUGAAAAUACCCAUGCUCAAGAAAGGUCCUUUCAAUGUGAUGUUUGUCAUAUGAAGUUUACUUUAUUUGCUAACAUGAGGCGUCACAAAAUGAGUCAUUUGGGAGUUAGACCAUUUGAAUGUUGCCUUUGCCCUAAAAGAUUUUUUCGGAAGGAUCAUCUAAUGGAACAUGUGGUAAGGCAGCAUUCUAAGCAACGACCUUACUGUUGUCCAUUUUGUGUUAAGAGCUUUAAUUAUAGGCCACAUUUAAAAGCACAUUUAUCAAGUGAUCAUUCUGGUGUUCCACUUGAUAAAACAUGUAAAAUAUGUGGUUUUCAAGCUUCAUCUAUAACUGGAGCAAAAGUACAUUAUACAACAUGUCAUCUUAAGAGAGCUCAUGGAAAACAGUCUACUACAUCUCAUUCAACUUCUAAUGGAGUGACCACUUCUCAAUCAUGUGGCAGAGAAGAAGUAACUACAGCUGUUGAUUUAGGAACUGUAUCACAAAAUUUUUCUUUUGUUCCUCCUUCAUAUCCAUCUCUGUCUUUGCCACUUAAUAAUGAUGUGAUUAUUGAAGGUCCUACUUCAGCUUUUAGUAAAGCAUGUAUUUCUCAAGCAGUUUCAACAACAUCAACUUUCUCUGGCAUGUCAAAUGGUGGAAAUUCAAUUCGUAAAUGUUCAUCACCAAUUACAGUUUCUCCAGUAGGAUCAGUUUCUUCUCCAACAACAACAGUUAGCCCCUCAUCAAGUCGAUUAAACCACAGUACUCCUAGAAAUUUGGAUGUAAAUGUGAAACCAGAACCCAUUGAAGUUGUUACUGAUGGAAGUCCUGAUGGAAAUAGUUCACAAGCUAGAGGUCAAUUAGAUUUAGCAGCAAAUCCUGUAGAAACAUCUUUGACUUCUGGAGAUAUCCCAAGACAAGAUACACAAAUGAUUGAUAAUGGAAAUUCUAUUCAUUCUUCCUCCUUAUUUCAUCCAGCAAGAAAUUCUUCCUAUCAAGAAUCAGCAAACUGGAUUCAACAAGAUUGUCCACCUGUAUCAACCGAAUCACAAUUUACAUUAUCACAAGAUAUUACAUUAAAUAGUCUUCCUGCUUCUAGUGCAGGUCAUUCAAAUUUAGCUAUCUGGAGUCCUUUACCAGUAAGCAGGGAAACAAAAUUAUCAAAAUCAUUAAAUGGUAGGACAGGUUUAAAACAUUCUGCAUUAAUAUCUCAUCCAAGUACAGUAAGAAAUCAUAGAAAGGUAAGUAGCUACCAUUGUGGAGAUGUAAAAAUCAUGAAAGAUAGAAGACUUUUAGAUGGUAUUAGAUAUUCAGAAAAUCAAGAUUCAGAAAAUACCAGAAGACGAGAAUCACAAUUAUUAGAAGAUAAUGAAAGAAUAUCUCCUACUUCUGCAGGCUAUCGUCAUUCCUUAGAAUUAACACAUCAUUCAAAACUUCAUACAGAAAGUUCAAUGACUGAAAGUGAGCAGGGUAUAGAUAUGUCUGAUAGAACAGAUUUAGUAUGUCCUUUUUGUGGAAUUAUUUUUCCUGAUAGGACACUUUAUUUUCUGCACCGAAGUCUUCAUACUGAUUCCAGUCCUUGGAAAUGCAAUCUUUGUGGUCAGCAGUGUCGUGAUAGGUACGAUUUCAAUGCUCACAUUAUUAGUCAGGCCCAUCAUUAGCACAAAGUGAAGGUUUACAAUGAAUCCUUUAAUGCACAAUAUAAAACUUGGCAUAGUUGUGUGAAGUUUUAGACUUAAAAGUAUCCAUUUAUUUUAGAAUAGAUUUAUCAUUACUAAAUAGUUAAAAUUUACAAUUUCAUUAAAACAUAAACAAUUUUAAAAGAUCUACAACUGGGUUUUAUUUGUAAAUUUUUCUGUAAAUUAUUGAAAGUUUGCAUUAUAUAAAAAUUUCCUCUAGUAAUCUACACAGUUUUUAAAUAGCACAUUUUGAUAUAAAAAUUUAUUUGCUUUUGUCUAAUAUAGAAUCAAUUACAUAUUCAUUAUGUCUAAGAAGCAGUGAAAUGCUUCUUGAAGAAUUUCUUAUAUUCACUUUUAACUAAAAUAACUUUUUAUAAAAAAAGAAAAAAUAGUGUAUGAAAUACAUGUAUUUACUAAUUGUCUUUUAAAUUAUUCUAAGUUUCAUAUUUUUCAUUCUAUUUCUAUAAAAAAACUACUAUUGGAUUGAGGAAAUAUUGAUUUUGGGCUUUAAAUUAAAAAAAUAUAUGUAUAUACACGUACGUACAUACGUAUGUACAUAUAUACAUACAUACCUAUGUACA